AUGUCCUCCAAGCGGCUCAUCGCUGUAUUAGGCGCGACAGGGGCCCAAGGUGGUGCCGUUGUCCGAUACCUUUCGACACAGCCCGAAUAUGAAGUCCGCGGCCUUACCCGGAACCCUGCUGGCAACGCAGCGAAGGAAUUGGCUCAACUACCACACGUCUCGAUGGUCAAGGCUCACUUCAACGAUCCCACGUCACUGCGCACAGCCUUCGAAGGAGCGGAAGCCGUCUACGCGCUGACCAAUUUCUACGAUGCAGAGAACCAAUCAAACAAGGUGCAUGAGGCGCAACAAGGCAUAAUGAUCGCAGACGCGGCCAAAGAAGCAGGCGUCAAGUUCCUCAUCUGGUCGACUGUCCCAAGUGCCUUCCUCAGAACCAAGGGCAAAUUCGAAUCUCCUCGCCUCGUUGAGAACAAGUUCUACGUUUCAGCUUACCUGAAGCAGAUCAAGAUGCCACAUGUCGACAUGUAUUUGGGGUUUUAUUACGAUAAUUGGGCCAAUUUCAACCUUCUCUCGGUCGGCUCAGAUGGUACUAUCGAACUCAUCCAGCCCGUGAUGAAGCCGGAGCAAAAGCUCGGGAUGAUCUGGGUUGAACGUGACCUGGGACCGACGGUGGACGCCAUUCUCAAGAACUACCGGACCAAACCGGACUUGCUCGCUGAUGCCGUCUACUGCGUUGGAGGAUUCCAUAGCGCUGCCGAUGUGGCAAGAGAGAUCCAGAGGCAGACUGGCAAGGAGACAAGAGUUGUUACUGCGCCGACGUCGGGAUUCGAGGACUUGGACAUCAUGUACGAGUACUACAAUCAGUGCAGCUUGUAUAACGAGUUUCCCAUUCCGACAAAGGAGUCGCAGCAGUUGGGCAUCAGGUCCCACACAAUGGAAGAUUUUGUCAGGGAGGGUGCCGUGCCUCAUAUCAACAAGCUGCUCCAGAGCAAGUGA